AUGGAGAGAGUACCCCUGAAGAAACACCUGGGAUGGGGGGUGGUGACAUUUGAAGAUGUGGCCGUGUAUUUCACAGAGGGCCAGGGGGCCCUGCUGGGCCCAGACCAAAGAGCCUUGUACACAGAGGUCAUGGUGGAGAAUUAUGGGAACGUGGCCUCUUUGGGUUUUCCAGUCUCCAAGCCUGAGCUCAUUUCCCAGCUGGAACAAGGAGAAAAGCCGUGGAUGCCAGAUUCUGCGAGCUCGGAUGGGAAGGAAUCCUCCAGGGCCCACUCAGGUGAGUAUAGGCAAAAGGACUCAAGCACCGGGUGCGCUGGAACCCUUGCCCAGAAAUCAAGCACUGUCAAAAAUCGCAAAGGCUACACAGGAGAGAAACCAUAUAAAUGCUUGGAGUGUGGGAAAUGUUUUGAUUGGAAAUCACAACUCAUCACCCACCAGAGAGUCCACACAGGAGAGAAACCGUAUAAAUGUUUAGAGUGUGGGAGGUGCUUUUCUAUUAAAUCAAACCUAAUGAUCCACCAGAGAGUCCACACAAAAGAGAAACCAUAUACAUGCCUGGAGUGUGGGAAACGUUUUGCUCAUCUGUCAUCCCUUGCAAUACACCAAAGAGUCCACACAGGAGAAAAACCUUAUACAUGCUUUGAAUGUGGGAAGUGUUUUGCUCUAAAAUCACAGCUUAUCACUCAUGAGAGAGUCCACACAGGAGAGAAACCAUAUAAAUGCCUGGAGUGUGGCAAGUGUUUUUCUAUUAAAUCAAAUCUAGUGAUCCACCAGAGAAUUCACAGAGAAGAGAAACAGUAUAAAUGCUUUGAAUGUGAGAAGUGUUUUGCUCGGAAAUCUCACCUCAUGACCCACCAGAGAGUCCACACAGGAGAGAAGCCAUAUAAAUGUUUGGAAUGUGGGAAAUGUUUCUCUAUAAAAUCAGAUUUAAUAAGCCACCAGAGAAUCCACACAGGAGAGAAACCUUAUAAAUGCUUGGAAUGUGGGAAGUGUUUUGCUCUGAAAUCUCAUCUCAUGACCCAUCAGAGAGUCCACACAGGAGAAAAGCCAUAUAAAUGCUUGGAGUGUGGGAAGUGUUUCUCUAUUAAAUCAAAUCUAAUGAGCCACCAGAGAAUCCACACAGGAGAGAAACCAUAUACAUGCUUGGAGUGUGGGAAGUGUUUUACUCAAAAAUCAGUUCUUGUGACUCACAAAAGAGUCCACACGGGAGAGAAACCCUAUAAAUGCUUGGAGUGUGGGAAAUUCUUUGCUGAUUCCUCAGCCUUUGCAAAACACCAGAGAGUCCACAAAGGGACAAAGCCACUGAAAUGCUCAGAGUGUGGAAAGUGUUUUCCUCAAAAAUCACACCUCUUGACUCACCAGCGAGUCCACACAGGAGAGAGACCCUAUAAAUGUUUGGAGUGUGGGAAGAGUUUUGCUCAGAAAUCAUCUCUCAAGACUCACCAGACCAUCCACAAAGAAGAAAAACCAUAUAAAUGCUUGGAAUGUGGGAAGUAUUACGCCAAUCGGUCCUCCUUUGCAGUACACCAGAGAGUCCAUACAGGCGAGAAACCAUAUAAAUGCUUGGAAUGUGGGAAAUGUUUUGCUCAGAAAUCAGUACUCCUAAAGCAUCAGAGAGUCCACAUUGGAGAGAAGCUGUAUAAAUGCUUGAAAUGUGACAAGUGCUUUUCCGAUAAAACAGCAUUUGCAGAACACCAGACAGUCCAUGCAGGAGAGAAACCAUAUAAAUGCUUGGAAUGUGGGAAGAGUUUUGCUCAAAAAUCUCCUUUCCUGGGCCAUCAGAGAGUCCAUACAGGAGAGAAACCUUAUAAAUGCCCAGAAUGUGGGAAGUGCUUUGCACAGCAGCCACAUCUAAGGAGGCACAAGAGAGUUCAUACAGGAGAGAAACCUUUUAAAUGUCUGGAAUGUAAUAAAUGUUUUGCUCAGAAAUCAGUUCUCAUAAACCAUGAGAGACUGCACACGGGAGAGAGACCCUAUAAAUGCAUGGAGUGUGGCAAGUGUUUUGCUCAGAAAUCACAUGUCUUGACUCACCAGAGAGUCCACACAAAAGAGAGACCCUAUAAAUGCAUGGAGUGUGAAAAAUCUUUUGCUCAAAAAUCGAGCCUUCUGACACACUGGAAAAGUCAUAUGGAUGAGAAACCUUCUGAAUCCUCCAAGACUUUGCCCAUAUAG